AUGCCUCAACCAGAUCGUAUUCUUUUAGUUGUUUCAAUUCUUGAAGGUCGAAAUUUUCCUAAUCAAUCUUCAUGUCAGUUAACUGUCGAUGCAAAAUUUGAUGGUGAAAUACUUGUCACAGAUCCAGUAGAAUUUUCAUCAACACCUGAUAUUAAUCAAGAAUUAGCAUGGGAACUUGAUAAAAAAAACAUUUCAACAACAUAA